GGAUUCAGCAUCAAUAUCAUCAAAACAUAAUAAACUCCAAAAUUCUCAAGAUUCCGCAAACGGAACUAGACCAGAUUUUACCGUGCAAAAUUAUUCGAAUUAUGAAAUCUUUACUUUAGAGGUUGCAGGAAGCCCGACAAAUAAGAUUCAGAAAAAGAUCAAGACUGACUUUGCCAAAUUAACAUCAACAGAAGGGUUUGACAUUGUGAUUAAAAGGAUGAUAUCUAUUGAUCGAUAUGUUAUAAUACAAGAAAUCUUUACGAUUGAAGUUCCAUCCUGUAUUACAGAUUAUUAUAAGCUUAAAAUUUUAAUUAGCAGAGUGAUGGCUUUGUCAGUCCUCAUUGAUCAAAGUCUGAAG